AUAGAACCAAUGCCGCAGCGAGUUGCAGGCGGGGAAUAAACAGAAUUAAGCUAAGCAGUAAGAUAAGGAGGGUUUUGUCGUAUCAUUGAAUUUCAUCACGUUAAAAAGCUGGAGAUGAUUUGAAGCACAUUCUAUCAGAUGGAUGCUCAUUUUUAAAUCGAACGGGAAGUUGAUUGUGGUUACUCGAAUGUAUUACGUGAUUUGUUUAUUUAAUGUUUCUGUUUGGAUGAGGACUGGGAUUCGCUGCUAAAUUGAGCUCCCGUGUUUUGAAUCUCGGCCUGAGAGCACAGGCGUGCGAUGAUUUAGUUUCUGUUUUAGUCUGUAAGCUUUUUUUUUCAUUGCCGAGACUGUGAAGGGUUUGUAAUAAACAAGACGAAAAACCCCGACUUAAUGUUAACAAAAUUAGUCCUAUGUAGACUCGUAUACUCAUGAAGAUAUUUAUUUUAAGGUGUAUGAAUUUGUAACGUAUAGCUGCAUGAGCUCUGUGACUUGGAAGGUUGUCUCCCGAGCAGCAAUGUUUAGGGGAGUCGGCACAAUUGUUUGUAAGGUACAGCGUUUCAAUGAAACAAACUCGGGGUAGCCGCCCAUUGGUGCGAAAGAAAAAGAAAAAAAGUCGGAUAACUUUAAAGACUUGUUGCGGCAGCUGGCCGGUCACAAGAGUGAAUAUAAAUGCAAUGGGGUCAUUUUUAAUGGUUAGAAUGGAAUUCAGCUAAGACAAUAGCUGUAUCUUUCUUAUUCCCCUCCCUCUUUCUGCCCUUCCCGACGGCACCAGUUUCCUUAUCAUCAUUAACAAUACGCUUUAAUUUCUGUAAAUGCUGCACUGAAACACUUCUGGCACGUUGUGUGAAGCCUUAAGUCAUGAACAACUCUGCAAAUAUGACCCAAGAGAAGAUGGAUCUGGACCUCGACUUGCCGAUGUCUCUGACACAAACGGACGGGAACCUCCGGAGGUCCAACAGCGCACCUAUGAUCAAUGGAAUGAGUGACAACUCCCAGGUGUUUCAAGGAGAAUUUCUGCGUUGCCGAAGAAACAGCACAACAGUGGUUAAUCGACAAAGUCUAAUGGUUCCAUCUUCUCCUAUUCGUGUACCUAGUAGCCGGCUUCAUCAGAUCAAACAGGAGGAAGGGGUGGAUGUUAUGAACAGAGAGACUGCGCAUGAAAGGGAGGUGCAAGCAGCCAUGCAGAUGAGUCAGUCCUGGGAGGAGAGCCUUAUCCUGAGUGACAAUGAUCUAGAUAAAUCCUCAUCUCCAAGGCGGGUAGAUUUUGUUCCAGUGUCUCCAGCACCAUCUCCCACCCGUGGAAUAGGGAAGCAAUGCUUUUCUCCUUCUCUACAAAUUUUUGUGGGAAGCAAUGGACUUCCUCCAAGCCCAGUUCCAAGUCCCACACGUCGCUUUGCAACCAGGAGAAGUCAAAGUCCUAUCAACUGUAUUCGACCCAGUGUUUUGGGGCCCAUUAAAAGAAAAGCAGGGGAAAUGGAAAUAGAGAGCCAGCCAAAGAGACUCUUCCAAGGAACAACCACCAUGCUUUCUCCAGAGGUGUCCCAUUUGCCUGAUCUUAGUUCUUGCAUGUCUUCUGAUCUGGACGGCAGUCUCAGCAGUCUAGGAUCUUCCACCGACUCCCCAGCAAAGAUUAGCACUGUGUCACAAUCACCUGUAACUUCUUCAGAACCCUGUUCUCCUUUUACCCCUGUGCAUGAUCUUUCUCCCAAAUGAUCUUUUGUUAACUUAAAACUUUUAAAACUGCUGCUUUUUUUUUUUUAUUUUUUUUUUUUUUUUUGAAGACUUGUUGAGAUGGAUUUGGGAGGCAAUAUAGAGCAAGCUUUUAUUUUGGCUAAGUUAAUUUACACUAAGUUGCUCUAGUCCUUACACUUUAAUUUUUUUUGUUUCCUUUUACCCUGUGCCCUGUACAUGAAAUUUGUAUUAGAGCUAUUACUUAUUUAUUUAAUUUAAAUAUGAUUUGAUUUAGUUCUUAAUAUUUUAUGGUUUCCUGAUAUUAGUGAACACCAUUUAUGAAUAGUCUGAUUUGAAAUGUUUUUUUCACCUCCCUCAUCUUUACAGCUGGACUUCAUUUUCAUCUCUCUAGUCAUUUUGUUUUGUCUAUUUUUUAAACCCAUUCUUCCAUUGUUCAGUGUUUAAGAGAAGAUGCAAGGCAUAGUAGGGAGUAGCUUAUUUUAGUUCACUGUAGAUGCUAGAAGUGUGUGUGUGUGUGUUUGUGUGUAUAUUCUUUUUCAAAGCACAGCAGCAGGCCUUUUCAUUUUUAAAUAGUUACUGUUUUUAAUUUUGAUUAUUUUUGAUAUUGGAUGUUGAAAGUACUGAAUUGACAAAAUGACCUGAUUGUAGUGGCUUUAGCCUUAACUGAACACCAUAUACUGUAGUGUGUGUGAUACCUAUAGUAUUAACAGUGCAGCGUGGAGGGGAAAAAUGGUGAUGGCUGUUUCUUCAAUUUAGAAGCAUAGAUGUCAUUCCUUAGUUAAACUCUUAUGAGUAGUUGGCAAUGACUUGUUUUUUAAGCACUUACUUGAGACUGUCUUUGCAUGUAUCAUUCUCUUGAAUUGUCUUGUGUGCCUUUAAACGCUGUUUUUGUAUGCAUGUUAAAAGGUGCUGUGAAUGGCUUUUGGAGCAAUGAGAGUGAAAAGAUUUGCUUGUUUUGUGUUGGCAGGAUAAUACAGAAUUGAUAUUAUAGUUUUAGACCAGUGAUUUAUAUUAUAUAUUCAUGCAAAAACAAAGAGUAGUAGGGUGAGGAUCUGCAUUUAGAGGGUACCCAAGUCAUAUUGGAAACAAAUGUGGUUAGGUGACAGAAUUGAAAAGAAUUGGGUAACAACACUUAACAUACCAAAGACAGACCUGAAACUGAAUUCUUUAAUUGUCUCUCAGGGGUCAUUAUAACUGUAACAGCUGCUGGAAUGCUUGCUUCUGUGCAAACACAUCUAAUGAUUAUCUAUACCAAACCUGAUAAAUUAGUGAGC